GCUAUAUAUAAACAUUCACUCUUGCACAAUUGGAACACAUUUUCUAACAGUUAAAAAAUAAAAAAUCCUAACAAAUAUGAAGAUGCUAAAACUGUGGUUUGCAUUCAGUGGUCUGCUCCUGCUCACGUGCCAAUGCUCAGCCCAAGGCCCAGCGCCGGCGCCGGCUCCGGCGGAGGAGUACCUUGGGGCCCACAACCAAGCGAGGGGCGAGGUCGGGGUGGGCCCGCUCCGGUGGAGCGCGGCUCUGGAGAAAUCGGCGAGCCUGACGGCGAGGCUGCAAAGGGACAAGCAGAACUGCAGCUUCGCCGACCUCAGCAAGAGCAGGUACGGCGGCAACCAGCUCUGGGCCGGCGGCGUCGCCGUCACGCCGCGCCUGGUGGUGGAGGCGUGGGUGGAGGAGAAGAAGUACUACGACUACGCCGACAACUCGUGCGCCCCGGACCACCGCUGCGGGGUCUACACGCAGGUGGUGUGGCGGAAGUCGGCGGAGCUCGGCUGCGCGCAGGCGGCCUGCGCCAAGGAGAAGGCCACUUUGACCAUCUGCCUCUACAAUCCGCCGGGAAACAUCGUCGGCGAGAAACCUUAUUAAUUAGUAAUAAUGUUUUAUCAUUAUUUAUCCAAUCAUUUCUGUAUUAUCCUAAAGGUGGGUGGGCCUCUUUUCCAUCAAUUCUUAUUAAUAAAAAUUAUUGUUAUUUGA